GUCAUGUAGCUCACUCAUGGCCUUAAUUAAUGCUAGCUUGUUCCUUCAAGAAAGCCACACCCAUCUAUAAUUAAUUCAAUAAAAUCUCACCUAAUAUUUGAAUCUCCAACUUAUAUCUUUUUGUUCCAUCAAUCAUCCUAUCCUAGUUUCUUACUCUUUUAGAUUCAAGACUCACUCUCUUGGAGAUGGAUCUUGAUGAGUGGGAAUCAAUCUCUGAUGAUGGCUACUUUGAGAUGGAAUAUUUGCAUCCAUCACCACCAAGAAAACAAAACCAACUUGUGCCUUUACAAAUUCCCUUAGACCUCAAAAUUGGUAACACAUCAAAGGAUGUUGUUUUGUUGAAAGACAUGCCAAAGCAUCAAUCUUUUGAAGAAGAUCAAGAAGAAAAUGUGUCACAAGUUUUCUUUAAGAUUAAGGAAAAUGAAUUUGUUGACAUGAAAAUUGAGUCACCAAAGUCAAGUAGUAGCAAAGAGAUGGUUACUUCACCAAGAAUGAUUAUUGAGAAAGAUGUGUUUGGUGAGAAAGAGGAUUCAAGUUGGGAAGAAGAGAACAAUAGUGGUUUUAGUUUGUGGAAAUGGAGUCUUAGUGGUGUUGGUGCUAUUUGUACUUUUGGUGUUGUUGUUGCUUCUAUUUGUGUUGUGUAUUUUGGAAGCCAACAAAGGAAGAAACUUCAACAAGAUAAGAAGAUUAUGUUCCAAAUCUAUGCUGAUGACAAGAGGAUUAAGCAAGUGGUGCAGCAUGCAACAAAAUUGAAUGAAGCCAUUUCUGCAGUGAGAGGGGUUCCUAUAACAAGAGCUCACAUAACAGUUGGUGGCAACUAUGAUCUUUUUGAUUGAAGCAUCAAUCAAAUGCAUAAAAUCAUGAAACAUUUGAAGUAGCAUAAAAUCUAUUAAUCUGGUUUUAGCAUAUAUUAAUGUAAAUAAGAUGAUGCACUAUGAUGUUCCCUUAUUGCUAGCUCUUGUUCUGUAUAUAUGAUACAUAUAUUCUCUAUGGUAAAUUAAGUAUAAAAAAAAUAACUAGAAGCUUUUUAA